AUGGCGUCGCCGCGGCCGAAGGGAGAGUCGUUUGACUUCGAGGAAGCCAUGGGAUCUGCCUCCGCGUCCUACAGCUCUGCGGGAGGCGUCUUUGGCCUCUCCCCGCCGGAGUCCUCGCCACGCGACAGCCGGAAGAGAAGGAAAGACAGACCUUCAUGGGUCAAACAUACCUUCACACCUCAUUUUGACGGUCACUUGUGGAGAAAGUACGGCCAGAAAAACAUCAAGGACUCUGCCUUCCCCAGGCUGUACUACAGAUGCUCUUACCGUGAAGACAAGCAAUGCCUUGCCUCGAAGCUGGUACAACAAGAGAACAACGACGACCCACCACUGUUCAGGGUCACCUACACGUACGAGCAUACGUGCAACGCCGCGCCCGUCCCAACGCCCGAUGUCGUGGCUGAGCUGCCGGCGCCCACCGCUGAUUCGCUCUUCCUCAGGUUUGACUCCACCGGCGCCAGUAACGGAGAUAGGCACCGGAUGGAGCAGCAACGGCAGUACCAGCAGCCUAUGGCGCCUGGGUGGCCUUCAUUGAUGCUCAGUUUUGAGUCCAACAGCCAGCCUCACACGCAUCAUGCUGCCUUCCCAUCCGAGCUGCCGCCGGUGGCGUCGACGUCGACCCCAUUCUCGGCGGACGGCAUGUUGCAGGCAACCCCGCUGCCGUCCCCGGCGAUGACGACCGACGGCGGAGGUGACAGGUUCUCGACGUGGGACUCGUUGAAAUACGGUCUGAAUGACCAUGUGCACUUCGGCGACAACCGGUAUCUCGCUGACAAUAAUGGUAAUGAUGAUAAUUACUGA